CUAAAAUGGCGGACAACCAAAACAGUAGUCAAAAUGAUGAAGACAUGGAAAAUGUGGAUUUAUCUACAUCAAUUGUAGACGACAGUGCAUGGGAGGGGUUUCAAGACGGACAGUUAUCAUUUAUAGGAAAUGAAGUAGAAUCUAUACCUCAGAAGUUGAUAGAUGACUACUCAAAAGUCACACGAAGAUUAGAUCUGAGCUUCAAUAACAUCAGCUGUGUGGAUGGUCUGGAGGAGUUUUGUCACCUGGAGGAGCUGGUGCUGGACAACAACACUCUUGGGGACACUACCAUCUUUCCCCGGCUGGACAAUCUACACACACUCACACUCAACAAAAACAAGUUGACAGACUUGGACCACUUGUUAGAAGACAUAAAGGUCAAGUUUCCGCGACUGAAGUAUUUGAGCCUGCUUGGUAACUCAGCCUGCCCAAAUCAGCUGUCUUCAAUGGAGAAAGAUGAAGAAGACUACCAGAGAUAUAGGUACUAUGUGCUGUACAGAUUACCCACGCUGAAGUUUCUGGACUCAACACAGGUGACAGCAGCAGAUCUCAAAGAGGCCAACCGUGUUGGCCCAUUUAUGUGUGUCGUGCGGGGACCAGAAGACACCUCAAAAGCCCCUGAAGAGUCACCCCCUUCACCAACCCAGUAUACCCCUCUUCCACAGAACGCCCGCAGUUCUGAUGACCAUUUGAGUACAUUUGGUAAAAGCAAGUAUGUGUACUAUGGGAAACAUUCUGAAGGAAACAGAUUUAUACGCAAUAAUGAUCUCUGAUCAAACCUGUGACAACAGCUUUUUUUUAAAAAUUACAGGGCAAACAACAUUAUUAUAUAUUAAGAACAAGGAGAAUGAACCAUCUGUAAAUCUUACAUAAAUGGCACAACUAGAAAAUGAGUAUGUGCUACAAUAGAGAGAAGAUUGAUGCAUGGAUGCAAGGAUACAAGUAGAUUCAUUUCAGUGAAGAUUUUGUAAUUAUGAGAUUAGAACAUUGUGUGUUUAGUCAUGCCUGUGUUGAAUCAUCAAAUAGAAGAAAAUGAUUGAUCAGAUGUGUUGUUAUUCCAAAUUAGGAGAACAUGUGUCAUCAUUUUAUUCCUUUUGUUUUGUGUAUAAAGUGCAAGUGCAAACUGUUAAUGAAAGCUAUACAAAGCACUAUAAAGUAGGGCAAUAUGCUUCUACGGACCAAGAUGAUGUCAUGGAAACAGGGUAUAUUCUGCAAGGUCUUCGGUUUUUGCUUUUAUUGGGGUGGUUAUAACAUGACAGACACUGUUUUUAGCUCACCAGAGCACAAAGUGCUCAAGGUCAGCUAUUGUGAUCGGUCUUUGUCCGGCAUCCGUCCGUAAGUCCAUCCGUCCGUCCGUCAACAAUUGCUUAAAAAACAUCUCCUCUGAAACUACCAGGCCAAAUUCAAUGAAACUUCACAGGAAGCUUCCUUGGGUGACCCUCUACAAAAAUACAACAAGUGGUCAUGAUUUAUCAACAACAACAACAAAAUGGUUGACUUCCUGUUUUGCUUAAAAAAACUUCUCUGAAACUACCACUCCAAAUUCAAUGAAACUUUACAGGAAGCUUCCUUUGGUGACCCUCUACAAAAAUACAACAAGGGGGUCAUGAUUUAUCAGCAACAACAGCAACAACAACAAAAUGGCUGACUUCCUGCUUUGCUUUAAAAAAACAUCUCUGAAACUACCAGUCCAACAUCAAUUUAACUUUACAGGAAGCUUCCUUGGGUGACCCUCUACAAAAAAACAACAAGGGGUCACAAUUGAUCAACAACAACAAAAUGGCCAAAAUGUUAAAAUCUGAUAGUUAUCUAAAGUUUACUCUUGAAGCAAGGGCAGCAAGUCUUGCUAUUUGGGCUCCCUUUUUGUGGAGAUUCCACUACUUUCUAUUAUUAGUAACAAGGGAAUAGAUUUUAAAUUUUAUUAAGUCUUCAAAAUAGUCACUUCUAAGGCAAUUAUUGGUCAUUUUUUUUCGGUUCAUAGAUUCAAAUCAUUUUUACUUAAUGAUAAAUUUAAUAAUCAGACUUUUCCAUUGAACUUAAGUAGAUUAUUGUAAACUUCAUAUAGAUUAUUCUAAGCUACAAUCUUAUCUUCUGUGUGGAUAGUGAAUAAGCCUUUAUAUAUGAAGAACAUUUUGAUUCUUAACACUUGAAUGAAGAUGAUGUUGACCAAGAUGGAAACAGCGAUAAUAUUAGUGGAAGGUGCUGAUUGUGUUCUGAUAUUUGAUUUUUAGAGCUUAAGGCAGUUUAUUGAUUUUAUUGGAUGGUGCACUGUUUGUUGUUUGUGUAUCUAUACUAAAAGUUAUUUCAGUGUGCAAGCAAUUUAACAUAGUUUUGUCAGUGUGCAGGCAAUUGAAAGAAGUCCUGUCAGUGUGCAGGCAAUUGAACAAAGUCCUGUCAGUGUGCAGGUAACUGAAAAAAAGUCCUGUCAGUGUGCAGGUAUCUGUACCAAGUGCUGUCAGUGUGCAGUCAAUUAUCAAGUCCUUUCAGUGUGCAGGCAACUGAACAAUGUCCUGUCAGUGUGCAGGUAUGAGAAACAAAUUCUGUCAGUGUGCAGUCAAUCAUCAAGUCCUGUCAGUGUGCAUUCAAUCGUCAGUGUGCAGGAAACUGUGACAAGUCCUGUCAGUGUGUAGGCAACUGUGACAAGUCCUGUCAGUGAUUAUCCAGGCAACAUGUUUGACCAGUAUGUUUUUCAAUAUUCUUUGAGAACAAAUAUCAAGCUUUAUUGAUUACAAAGUUUAAACUCUUUUACUCAGGUGAGCGAUUUAGGGCCAUCAUGGCCCUCUUGUUAAUAUAAUAGUAACACUAAAUGUAAUGUUAUACAAAUAUAUUUCCUUUUUACUACAUAUAUAUAUAUACAUGUAUAUAUGAAAAUUGCUGUACAGUUUGACUUUUUUGUAUUGUCUCUAUAUAUAUACUGAUGUAUUAGACCUUAGUGAUAGUCAUUUUGUCAUAUAUAUCUUUGCACAUUGUAAAAUCAGUAGUGCUUUUUUAUUCUACACAAUUAUAUACUAAAAAAGGAGGACAUUGCAGCUUAGUUGAAGUUUUGUAUGAAGCAUUUAUUGUACACAUAGCUCAUAGCCACUCUUUGAAUUGAUUUAAAACUUUGUCCGCAUAUGCGGGUGAAAUAGACAAUCAAGUAACAUAACUUGUGAUUGUAUUAUUUAAAAGUUAUGGCCAUUUUUUUAAUUUUAUUAUUAGCUCGACUAUUCGAAGAAUAAGGAGGGCUAUACUACUCGCCCCAGCGUCGGCGUCGGUGUCCAGUUAAAGUUUAAGGGCAAGUUGGGAUUUUCACUUAUAAGUCCAAUACCCUUCAUUCAAUUGACUAAAUACUUCACACAGUUGUUCAGGGCCAUCACAUGAUGAGGUUGGAUAACUCCAUAUUAUCGUUUACACAUAUUAUGGCUCCCGAUUGACUAUGGAACUUAGGUUAAAGUUUUAGGGCAGGUUAGGAUAUUUAUAUACUUCUAUACCCUUCGUUCAAUUGAUUUAAUACUUCAUACAGUUGUUCAGGACCAUCACCCAAUGAGGUUACAUAACUCCAUAUUAUUCUUAAUACAAGUUAUGACCCCUGAUUGACUUAGGUUAAAGUUUUAGGGCAAGUUAAAGUUUAAGGCAAGUUGGGAUUUUAAUAAAAAAAACAUCUAUACCUUUCAUUCAAUGCACUUAUUAAAAUUCAAAAUUAUUGAUGACCAUCUUACAACAAGAAACAUAACUCAAUUUUAACCCUAAAUACAAAUUAUGGCCCUUGAAUUACUACUAUUUUUUUUUUUUUUUUUUUCAAUAUCUUUUGAAAGGCAUAUCUGUAUAUUCUUAACCACAUUUUCAUAAUGGGAAAUCAAAGUCAAAGCGGCAUAGUCGAGCACGCUGUCUUACGACAGCUCUUGUAUUUUCAUGCAAGCCACUACCCUGCAAGUAUUGCGAUAAAAAUCAAUGAAAAUUUAUAUCAUCUAGUUUGUUGAUGCCGUUCACAGUCUUGAUGCUUUGAAUAAAACUCAGAAAAGGGCUUAUACUUAGUAAAACCAGUUUGAAAUAAACAAUAAACAUGACAAGAGCACUUCAUUUCAUAGUUUCUAAAGUGGCACAGAAGCUUGAAAAAAAUUAUUAACACCAUUUCUUAGUCAACAGGAUACAGUAGUUGCGUGGCUUUCACGAAGAUGUAACCUUUUCAAUUCAAAUAUACUAACUAGUCUAGUUUAGUGUAAAAUAUGCCAAAAUGCAUCACAAGCAAGAUAUGGCAUCUUACAGUGACUUAAGAAUACCUUAUAUUUUAAAGUAUUUUUGCAGCAUGCAAUUCUGUGAUAUGUUUUCAGAAACAGUGUAAAUGGGUUUUAUGGUACAUAUUUUAUACUCAUAUUUUCAUUAUUUUCAUAUCUGCAUAUAGACGUGGAUGUGCAAGUUUACUUACAGAUAUAAAGAAAACUACGUGCAAAUUUUUUUAAUUUUUUUUUUGUCAGAAAGCUAAAAUGUUGUAUGUUUAUUUUCAUCAUUAUCCAGAGUCUUAAGAUUAAAACUCACUACAUUUUGCAGAAUAAAAAAAGAACAUUGCCUAAUAUUAUAGGUAUUUGCUCAAUUUAAGUGAAAUAUUCUACUGAAUAUAUUAGCAUUUCUUUUUAUAAUAUAUGUAACUGGUCACUAUCAUUGUCAAUGACAGUACUAGGUCAUAUAGCGCCUUUUGAAGUUUAAUGGCUAUUUCCUGCAAUGAUCUUAUACAGCAUGUAUAAAAGAACUGUAGUAGUGAUUCAGAACUUAGUAUCUUGUUUAAAAGUAAGAUUUUUGGCUAACUUUUGGCAACAUACAUAUAUGUCAUGUGUGUUUGAAAAUUUGUUGCUGCAGUUUUUAAAGUUGAUACAAAAAUAUUGUUUGGCAAUUAAUAUGACAACAUUUUGGCAUCAGCUGAUGAAAACAGAAAUGCUUUGUUAUUGAUACUUUAAAUUCUGUGUUUCUUCAAUGUAUUCUUUGCUGUACUUAUUAUUUCUGCAAUUGGAUGAAAACAUUAAAACUACAAUGUCUA